AUGGCCGGAGGCGCCUCCAACGUCUCGGCGAAUCCGCUGAAGCUCGACGUACGAUCCCAUCUCAAGUGCUUGGGCAUCUGCAUGAUCGUCACCGUCUCCAGCUUCCAGUAUGGCCUCGACUACGCCCUCGUCGGCGGCCUCAUGGCCAUGCCCGGCUUCCUCAAGGUCUUCGGCUACUACGACGAGAAGAUGCACAAGUGGGCCAUCGACCCGACCGUCCAGCAGCUCAUCUCGUCCCUCAUGACCAUCGGCACCUUUGUCGGCUCCCUGCUCGUCGGGCCCUUCUCCCAGCGCUUCGGCCGCCGCCAGGGCCUCUGGGUCGCCUCCCUGCUCAACUUCAUCUCCACGGCCAUCAUGCUCGGCACGACCAACCUCGGCGCGCUGUACUUUGCCCGCUUCGUGCUCGGCAUCUCGGUCGGCUGGUUCCUCACCUUUGCGCAGGUCUACAUCAACGAGGUCUCGCCGGCCCACCUGCGCGGCAUCGUCUUCGCCAUCUACCAGUCCCAGCUGUCCAUCGGCUCCAUCACGGGCGCCGCCGUCGACUACGGCACCCACCUCAUGCCGGGCAAGGAGGCCUACCGCAUCCCGCUCGCCGUCUUCUUCGUCGCGCCCACCAUCCAGUCCAUCUGCCUCUUCUUCUUCCCCGAGAGCCCCCGCUGGCUCAUGACCCAGGGCAAGACGGACGAGGCCGAGCGCUCGCUGCGCCGCCUGCGCAACAAGGACAUCGACGAGGCCGAGUUCCAGGCCGAGUUUAACGAGAUCCGCGUAUCCACGGCCGAGCAGAUCGAGAACCACCAGAACGGCAAGCAGCUGUGGUUCGAGCUGUGGAAGGGCACCAACCUGCGCCGCACGCUGCUGUCCAUCGCCAUCAUCUGCUUCCAUUGCGCCAACGGCUCCUCGUGGAUCAACAUCUACACCACCUACUUCCUCACCAUCGCCGGCGUCGACAACGCCUUUGCCUACUCCGCCAUGGUUACCUGCAUGGGCCUCAUCGGCGUCCUGAGCAGCUUGUUCUUCGUCCGCCACGUCCAGCGCCGCCUCAUCGUCAUGGUCGGCGUCGCCGCCUGCGGCCUGUGCCAGCUGGCCUUCGCCAUCACCUGGACCGUCGCGCCGGGCUCCGUCGCCGCGGCCAAGUGCGUCAUCGCCUUCAUCUCUCUGUUUACGUUCUUCUACGUCGCCUACGCCCCCUACGCCUGGCUCCUCGGCGGCGAGUACCCGAACAACCACCUGCGCGCGCACACCUACGGCCUCGGCACGGCGCUCAACUUCCUCGGCAACUGGCUCGGCGUCUUCACGGCGCCCUACUUCAUCAACCCGGCGAGCCUGGGCUGGAACGCAAAGUACGGCUACAUCUGGUUCGGGUCCAACAUGAUCCUGCUCGUCUUCACCUUCUUCUUCAUCCCCGAGACCAAGGACCGCACGCUCGAGGAGAUCCACGAGAUGUUCGAGGCCCGCGUCCCCGCGCGCAAGUUCAAGGGCUACGUCUGCGAGAGCACGCGCGCCAUGGCCCACGCCGCGGCCAAGAGCCAGGACUUUGAGCUCUCCCACGCCGAGCAGGGCGCGGCGGCGGUGGCGAGAAAGUCCAAGGAGGAGGGGCCCGUGGAGGCCGCCGGUGCUCCGGUUGCCAAGACCGAGUAA